AUUGGUGCAUGGGAUAUGAUUUUAGUCUUACAAAAAUGUGUAAUAUCCAUACCAAAAUUAGAGCUCCAUUCUGAAGUAUUUUUAGAAGACUUGGUAUCUCUAAGAGCAAUUGAUACGUUUUGUCCAAACAAUACAUAUCUUUACAUUAAGAAGUUCUCUUAUUAUGGUGCAAGAUUCGAACAUAAAACAUUAAUUAAUUAUCAAAAACUCAAUAAAAUAGGAAUUGCCGAUGAAAAUGAUGAUGGUGGUAAAUUCAGUGAUUCGAAGUGGCAUGGAAAUGUAAAAAAAUCAGAAAGUGAUGGAACAUAUGACCCUGAAGAUAGUUAUCAGGAUGGAAUUAGAAAUAAAAUGAACAAUAUGAAG